GCCCAGGCCGGUCGAAUGUUCUGCCGGAUCAAUAAUAACGAGGAUGUCCUCAGCUCGGCACUUGGAACUUUGUCUCCCGGCUUCGGAGUCGACACCGGCGAAGGAAUCGAAAUGGGCAGCGAGGCGAAGUCCAGAAAGCGUCGAUCUUCUCCUUCUGCCUCUCCCUCCGAAGAUGAACAGAAGAGGAGCAGAAAGCACAGGAAGAGAGAUGACAAAGAAAGGAAGAGUCGGAAAGACGGAAGUAAAGAGAAAAGGAAGAAGAGCGAGAAAUCUCACAAGCAUUCGAAAAGUCGAGAAGGGAAAGAAAAGAAGUUAAGGGAGAAGCACAAACACAGCAGGAAGGAUGUGGAUUCAGAGUUCGAAGAGCUAACAAAGGAUGACUACUACUCCAAGAACAAUGAGUUUUCAACCUGGUUGAAGGAAGAGAGAGGUAUAUAUUUCUCUGAACUUUCAUCCGAGGCUGCACGAGAUCUAUUCUCAAGUUUUGUCAAGGACUGGAACAACCGAAAGCUUCAUUCUCGGUACUAUGAGGGCAUUAGCAGUGGACCUCGGACAGCCCAUAACUGGAAAAUCAAACAUGAUAAAUAGCCCUGGAUGCCACCACAUUCAGCCGGAAUGCUCGAUAGUGCUGUCAGUAACAGCAUGGCUUGCUUGUUUUAUUAUUUUUCUUUUCUCAGUGAAUACGUAUGUUCUGUAGUCUACAUUAAAUCAAAUUUCAAUCUGAGACAAAGUAUAGCAACGUUGAUACUUGAGGAAGAAACAGUCUCUUUUCUUUCUUGAAUCCAUGAAAUUAAUUUGAUAUGCUAUUUUCGCUA